AUGUCGUCGUCCACGUCACUGAAGGCUCCACCAACAAAGCGUGCCGCCAAAGUCAAGAGGGCUGUGACGGCUGAAAAGUCUGCCAAGACUGUGUGGACCGCCGACAUGGUGUCGACGCUGUUGGAUCGGCGUUGCGACGACUUCGCGGCAAGCUUUGAACUACAUAGAAGCGCAGCUCAAUUGUCAGUCUUGUGGGGAAAGAUCGCUUUGGCUGUAAAUGUACAACAUGGAACAAACAUAUCAGCGUUGGCAGCAAAGAACAAGUAUUCCAGCCUUAAGCGCGAGUACUCUGCCAUCCGAAUGGCCGAGAAAGAAACUGGAAAUGCCCCCCCUGUGGUGUACCCCAUGUAUUGGGACUGUCUUGUUUCGGCUCUGGGCAGCAAGGAGUCUGAGCCGAGGUCAAUAGUCCAAUUGUGCAACACUAAAGUUGCCUCAAUUACCAUUGCCAUUUUCUUUGCUGACUUGAAUUCCAAAGGCUUUUUGAACAAUCGAAACUUGUUUUUCCACAAACCAAAGCAUUGCUCGACAACGAUUCGAGUGCGCGAGUGA